AUGACGCACUUCAUGGCCACUCUUGGCCUCGAGGAGCUCUCCUCCAAGGCCACCGACGAUACUACCAACAUCGAUAAUCACCCCGACUGGCAUAAGCACUACAAAACCGACGAGCAGGAUGGAGAUCACUGCUUAUCCUGCCAUGAGCUGCUCAGAGAGAAGGCCCGUCAUUGCAAACGCUGCGGCUCGGCCUAUUGCAACACUUCUUGUUCGAAAAAGGUAUCCAAGAUUCAUCGCAAGCUUUGCCGCCCGUAUACAACUCUUGCGAGCCAGACGAGGCCUUCAACGGACCGCUACAUGGCGCUUCUCUUCCCAGCCUACAGGUCGACUCCUGAGAUGAUCUGGGUCAGAAUGAACGAGACAUCGAUAAGCGUUGACCUGGGCCACCCAGAGCUUGCUCAGCUGUCGGUGGAAUGCAGUCCUGAUCCCUGGGGUGGCGCCUCUGCGACUCUCUGCAACGACCUGCCCUACAUGCAGGACACCAAGCUCGGCCACGCUCUCACUCUCAUCUCACCUGUAGGCGAAACAACGGAGGGCCUCGCGGACAAGUGGCUCAACAGGAGCGUACGGCGGUUCGCUCCUCCCCACCACCUCUACCGUUGGCACGGUCCCUUGAUCUUCGUAAGCUGGCAUGUCGACGAAGACGCCCAGUUCCAGAAGCUUUGCGACGUCUCGAUGCGGGACUAUCACCACGCUAUCAAAGUCUUACUUGGAUGGCAUGCAAAUCCUUGUGUUCUGAACCCUUCUCGGUUUGGCCCAGCCAGAGCCCAUACCAACGUCAACGCCCAGAAGCCACAGACAGGUCAGAAAACCAAGUCCAUGAAGAAGAGGGAGCAGAGAAAGAAGGCUCAAGCCCGGAGGAAGCUCGAAGCUGCUCAAGCCACUGAGGCAAAGGCCUUGGCUGCGGAGAAAGAUGCUUACCUCCUCGCUGCGACUCGUGUCCCUCUACCCGAGAGCCCUGUGUUAGAAGCUUUCCAGGACGAUACUGUCGCCCCUGAGGAUGAGGAAGAGCACAGCGAUUGGUCAGUCACUCUUGAUGCUGACUCUGAGGUGGAAAUCAUGGUCCAAGACGGCGAAGCUCCUCAAGACAUGAGCAAGACGAGGCCAGCCAGCUCCGAGCUUGGCACACAGAUUCCCCACCCCGAGCCCGACUUGCAUGAUGAUUCACAGCUCUUGCUUCCAGAGAAGCAAGAUCACGACGACUCUGGGGUUCAUGGGACGGAGCCCUGCAUUCACGAAGAUGGCAGGAACAACAAAGGCGCUCGGACGGAAGCUCACAACUGCUCAGACGAAGAACGCGAUGAUGCCGGUCAUCCCGAGCCCGAGUUCGUCUGCGGUGACGAGACCAACACCUCUUCCCCAGGGGAGGUUUCAUCGCACAUUGGUCAUGAACAGCCCGGCCCUCAUACAGAAGAUGAGGUCCACGAGGUACCUUCGCAGGCACCGGCACCAAGGGAACCCAACAAGACACGUCAGGCCAGUACCAUCGAUACGCCCGGCUAUACUAUGUCGGAGGAAUCCAGCUUCAGCUCCACCAUAGCGGACGACGACGACGAUGAUGAUGACGGGAUCGAGCCGAGCACCAGACGACAGCAGAAAGGGCCGAAAGACACGAAGGACGCUCAGCUUCAUGAGUCUAUGAUGCUUUUCGAAAAAGGAGCAAUGAGGAGGUUCGAUGAACUUACCGAAUUGGUGAAAGAUCUUUCGAGGAAGGUUGAUGUUCUUCAAAAAGAGACAGAGCAAGCGUCGGAAAGAGGCUCCGAAAGUACGGCACCAAAGGAAGACACAGGAAAUAAGGGGAUGUCUACUACCUCCACUUUCGCUGGUGAGUCGUCCGAUGCUGUCUCGGACGAAAAAUGGAAGACCGAUCUUUCUUUACCCGAGAAUACGAAUGAGCAAGCCAUGGAGCAAGCUCAAUCAAACUCGCAAGUCUGGGAGACGGUCGUUCGCAGGAAGAAAAGGGCGCCAGCGAAGACCAAACCAGCAAUCGAGAACAGCAAGGUUCGCGCUCCUUUGAGAACCUGGUCAAAACCUGCACCAAAGGUUGAUCAGACGAAGACCAUCAGUGCUUCAAAAACCGUGUUCAAGGGGCCUUUGAAGACAUCAUAUUCCAUGCCUCGCUCCCAGGGAGCAGCAACGACGGGCGGCGGGAGCCAUGGACGAAUCUCUAAGAAGGGCUCAAAGGAGGAGGCGCCAAAGAAACCUGAGCAGCAACAGGAGCCUGAACAGCCAAAGGGGACCAAGGAAGCGAAGAAUUCUUCCGAGACCACUCAGGACGACGUUGCUGUCGAGAAGGUGGUGCCAACGCAACCUGAGUCGAGACCUGCGAGCAAGCAGAGCUCCCGGCCUACAAGCUCUCAAGUUGAUCCCGACAAGAGCUGCACUCCAACUGCUGAGUUUGUGCAACGUCCUCAGGCCAUGUCUUGGGCUGAAGAAGUAGAAGUAUCCAUUCAGCAGCAUGUCACUCAACGCAGCACUUCUCCAGAGAACGAGCUGCCUGGCGCGGACCCCAUGAUCGACUCCAAGAGUUGUACGGAGGAUGUCGACUCGAUUCCCUCAGCGGCCGACGAGAACCCUAUCCAUGAUGGCAGCGUGGUUGAGGCCCCUGAUGCACCGAUUCAAGAAGCCCCUGAGCAUGUCGACUCAUCUUCCUCGACGGCCGACGAGGACCCUACCCAGGACGACGACAGCGCGGCUGAGGCCCCUGUUGAACCGAAUCAAGAAACCGCUGAGAAUGACGAAUCAUCUUCCUCGUCGGCUGGCGAAAACCCUACCCAGAACGACGACAGCGCGGCUGAGGCCCCUGUUGAACCGAAUCAAGAAACCGCUGAGCACGCAAAUCCGGGUAGUCAACCAGUGCAGGCUGUGUCUCGAUCUACACCAAAUUCAACACAGCUCAACGUAGACGACUCUACGGCUGAAACCUUGGAUGGUGCUCAACAAAACAUUACAGACGAAGUUAGAAACUCUGCGGAGUCUCUAUUCCACAGCCCUGACGCUCGUGCCCGAGUACGACUUCCGCCAGCGGCAGAGCCUCAGCAGACGCUUCUCGAUGAGCCCCAGGAGCCCCAGGAGCCUCAGGAGCUCGCCGGUCCACAGUCUCAAGAUGUAGACGUGCCCUCCGAGCAGCCGGCCGUUCCUCCUCACACCAGUGCGGCGAAGAAUCCUCAGUGCCCUCAAAACGGACAACAGCAGUGCGUGCAGCAACAGGAACCGUCUACUCAGCAGUUGUCUCAGCGGUCAAUUGCUCAGCAGAAGUAUGAACAAGGCCAUCGCCAGGGCCCUCGACAGUACACCCGAACGUACCCGCAGCCAUACCCACGGCCGUACCCCCAGCCAUAUGCUCAGCAGCACGUUCAACAGCAGAACCAAAGCCAGCAACAGCACCAUCCACAGCACGUUCAGCAGCAGAACCAAGGCCAGCAACAGUACCAUCCACAGCACGUUCAGCAGCAGAACCAAGGCCAGCAACAGUACCAUCCACAGCACGUUCAGCAGCAGAACCAAGGCCAGCAACAGUACCAUCCACAGCACGUUCAGCAGAACCAAGGCCAGCAACAGUACCAUCCACAGCACGUUCAGCAGAACCAAGGCCAGCAACAGUACCAUCCACAGCACGUUCAGCAGAACCAAGGCCAGCAACAGUACCAUCCACAGCACGUUCAGCUGCAGACCUUUUGUCUGCAACAAUAUCCAUAUCCGAAUGGUCAACAGUACGCUGGAACCUACCAAGGAGCUCCUCAAGCAUACCAACAGUGGCAACAAGGUCCUCAGCAACUCCAACAGUGGGUCACUCCGCAGUAUUCGACACCAUUGUCGACGCCAGCAGAUCCCACAACAUGGGACCAGCCUGAGCCGGACCAUUACAAUUACUCGAGUGGUCCUGUCCUGUACCCGGAUUACACGUAUCCACAACCGCCGCAGUCGCCGUAUACACAUACUAUCCCUCCCGUGCAUGACCACGCGGGUGGCCGAGGCCAAGUCUCGUCUCGGCACGUGACAGGUCGAGGUAGGGGCUUCAACCACCGAGGCGGACUCCAUCGAGGACGAGGUCGUGGCCAUGGGGUUGUGGCAACACACCCAGAGGCAACACACCCAGAGGCAACACACCCAGAGGCAACACACCCAGAGGCAACACACCCAGAGGCAACACACCCAGAGGCAACACACACCCAGAGUGCAUCUCCGAACACGAACAACGCCACGAACGAGGUCACAACUGAGACGGCUGUCCAACCUAUCAGCGAGGAUGCCCAAGAAACGGCUGGUAGCAUUGUCGACGAUACGACAGACGAGGCUACCGUCCAAGACAAUGAGGCGUUUUACAACAGAUCGGUCAGUGUGGAAAGCCUGCCACUUUACCUGAAGAGCGAGAGUGACGAGGAAGAUGAAGGGGAGGUGACGUACAAAACGAGAACAUUGAGUGUAUAG